UGGUCUGCUAAAUAUGUUUUGAAGCGAAUUUUUAGGUUGAACAAAAUGUUUAAAGACACAGAAAUAAAAAGACAAUUAAGGGAGCUGUUAAGAUUGAAACGCAGUGGAGAAUUGGACACUGAAGAAAAGAUUUUAAAUUCUAAUAAUGAAUACUGGCGAGAUUCUGUGUUGUACGCAGAUUUAGAACGCUAUGUGUACCAUCAGGAUGAAGAAAUAAAAUUGAAUACACUUGCUCUCAUCGUGGAAUCAAAGAAGAGCACAUUAAGAUUUACAUCCAGAGAACUCGAUAUAAUUAUUUUGUUUCUGAAUGUAAAUUUUAAGGAAAAAAUAGAAUUUGUGCCUCUCAUUCAAAAGGUUUUAAAGCGUAUGAAGGAUGGCUUGACUGUAAUGAGGAGGCAAUCUGUGCAGAAUGUGAAAACAAGUUAUCUAAUAAAGAAGGAAAUAAGCAAUGCUUCAUUACACAUGAAACAAACAAUUUUAGAUCAAUACUGCAGCGUAGCUUCUGAUUUACAAAAAGCUAUAAACAUGUACUGCACUGUUUUCCAAACUUUACACGACAUGUGCAUCUGUAGUCCUGAUGCUACUUAUACCAGAAGGAAAUCUUCCUUGCAAAUAUUACUUUCAAUGAAAGAUAUACUGGGUAAUGAAUAUAAACAAGUUACUUGGGAGACAAGACAAUCAGAAGCAGUGUUUAACCUGAUGUUACUUGAUACGUAUGAAGAAAAUAAAGAGAUGGCUCUUAAAAUAAUGAAAUCAAUGGAUCCAUGUUUAUUGCAAUUAGAUGAUGAAAGUUACGUUCGUGAUAUUAUCUUAGUUGCUAUGGAGUUGGGCAACAGCAUUAGACCUAUUGAUACUAUCACAUCUGCGUACAUGCUGAAACUCAGUAUGUUAUCACCUAUCCUAUUGAAUGUUCUUGAAAGUUCAUUUAGUCUGACAAAACAAUCGGAAAAUAACACAGAAGCAAUAGUAUUGCAAUUGUUAUUACUUUUACUUAAAGAAUUAAAGCAAUCUUCAGCUUUAGCAAAAGAAAAUAUAGUAAAAACUGUUACACAACAUUCUUUGUACGGAUACUUGUUCUGUAUUCGAAGUUUGUUAGAAGAAUGCAACUUAAAAAGUAUCGAGGAAAAUCAUGUGUGGCAAAAUACUAUUGGAGAAUUGGUAUCUCUUUGUUUCGAGCUCAGUCAUGCAGUUUCUUUGAUAGUAAAUAAUUCUUCUCCCGAAGGACAUUUGCCGACAGAUCUAAAUUUGCGAACUAUUGACGAGACAAACCAUUCUACAUCGGAUGAACAAAUAGUGACACCGCAAAUGGUGUUACUUUGUUCUUGGCGCACUAUAAAAGAAGUCAGCUUAUUAUUUGGCUUGCUAGCCAUUAAGGCACCCAUGUUUGAAGAUAAUUCUUCGAUAGGAUUGCUAAAUGACGGACAAAUUGUCCAGAUAGGAGAGCAUUUGGUUUCGUUACUUUCAGAGACGAAACACAGAGGAGCAUUCGAACAGGCAUACGUGGGUUUCAGUCAACUGUGCUCCCAUUUAUGGCAUUUAAAUAAGGAAAACCUAAAUCGAUUGCCCAAAAUGUGGCUACAUCAGAUUUUGUUUGCCAUCAUUGGAUUUAAGUCAAACUUAAAAUUCUGCGCGACGAGAAGGAGCGCAGGGUUACCAUUUAUCAUACAGGCUAUACUAUCUACGGAACCUCGUAAAUACAAAGAUACAAAGACUAUAACUUUCGAUUCGGUAAUGAAAAUUUUGCUAGGCUUCACCCAAUUAAACGAUGAUGAAAAUGUAUUGGAAAAAGUGCAACAAUUAAUUUAUUCGAACUCUGCGUUUGCACAAUAUGAGAACUUAAUAAAUAGUACGAAUGAAAAUAAUUUUCAAAUUACGGAAAUCAAGACACAUGCUCUGAAUAUUUUAAGAGCGAUUUUUAGACAUUCUCAUCUCGCAGAAGUGGUAAAUAAUUACGUCGAAGAUGGUUUAAUAGCGGCGUUCAGAAGUUAUGACGCUCCAUCCUGGGCGGAACGAAAUGCGGCAACAUUACUUUUUAGCGCACUCAUUAUUAGGAUUUUCGGUGUUCAAAGAACGAAAGAUCAUAUCAAUCUCACUAUAGACAAUAAAAUGAAUUUUGAAUCGUUUUUUCAAAAAUAUCCUAGCCUGUUGCCGUAUAUUUUAGAAGAAUUAAAAACAGUUAUAACGACGGACAGAACUAUUAUAAAAUCCAGUGUACAAGCGAUUUUACUAUUGUUAUCUAGAUUGUAUCACAAUCGUAAUUCGGAAUCCUACGAUUCUCUAUCAGAGCUCAAUAAUCUUAUAGGGCAAAUUAUACAAUGUGCAAAAAGUGCUAUAUUGGAAACACGUAAACUAGCAGCUAGAGCACUCGUACCUUUGUUGACGAAACAGUCUGUGGGACCUGUUUUGUCCACAAUUAUAGAAAAUAUUGCGUCUCUAGAAAACAAUCAAGCGUUCCUGAAUUUAAUACACGGUUACAUGUUACAAAUAUAUGAGGGAUUGAAACAUUUUAAUUUGAAAUUAAUCGAUAUAGAUUGGAAUAGAUUUUUUAAAAGUACCACUUGGAUUUUGGAAAAUUUAGAAGGAAGUAAUUCCAAACAUCCGUGUUUCUUAUUAGCAGCAGUUUAUACGGAUAUUUGUAACGAAAUAUGCAAAGUAGAUGAAACGUACCUGGCGCAUUUUCCUAUACUAGAUACUCUGAUCUCUCAUUUAUUACAUGACAAACUGAAGCAAGGACCAGCACGGGAACUGUAUAAAUUAUCAGCCAUUAAAUUUAUUCGAUCGAUAGCGUGGGAAACUUCAUUGAUUCAACAGUACACACCAGUUAGAAUAUAUCUGCAUAAUUUAAGGGUUCCCGAAACGCAAAUCGUGGCGUGGUCAACUUUGGCAGAAAUUAUUAGCAAACUAAAGUACCAUGACGUAUCGGUAUUAUUAAUAACAUAUGCUGCUAAUGAAGUUCGCAAUUUCAAGCAGUAUUUUCGAAAAUACAGUCCAGAAUUGCAGGAUGCAAUAUUUGAUUUCCUAUAUGAUAGUCUGAUGUAUCUUAAUCGAAUUCAGUCACCAAGUUUCACAGAAAGGAAAAAUAUCUGUAAAUUAGUGCUAAAUGAAAUACGGCAAUACGAUAAUGAAAAUGGAUAUAGUGAAAGAGAUUCUUAUUUAAGAUUAUUGGGGAAGUCCUAUGUGACUUUAGCUUCCUUUGAUAAGGAUGACGAAACAAUUACUUUAGAAUGUACAAAUUAUGUGUACACUAACUUAUGUGAUAAUUUAUGGAUAGCAAGUUCAAACAUGGAUGUUCAACGAUCUGUUUUUGAAAUUAUGCACGAAUUAUUCAUAGUGUGUUAUGAACGCGAAGAGUAUCGAUAUGUACAGAUUCAAUGGUGGACAACAUUAUUACAACUGUUGCUAGAUAAUAAUUCUAAAGUACGACACGAAGCAUUUUUAUUACUUGAUCGUGUACCGGUACAUCCAAAAAUAGUUAAUUCACCUUUAAAAUCUAAUAUCGAUUUACUACUUUCUAAGUUUCAUGAGUGCAACAUACAUAAUAAAGAUCCAGAAUUUAUAUGUAUCGUACUUUUCUAUUGGAGCAUCGCAUUAAUUAAUGAUGCAGAUUAUGAAAUGGAUGACACAGAUGUGUUCAAUAAAUGCACAAAUCUUGAUUUCCUUGAACCCAUAAAGGUAUCAGAGAUGUGUGCUAAAUUUUUAAUGGAAAAUAUGAAAUAUUGUUUCGAUACUUUAUUACCGAACGCAAUUAUAGAUUGGAUAAGUUCUCGUUUAAAUGUCGAAUUCCAACGAUCUAUUUCGUUUAGAACUUUCGUGAUGGAGUAUAAAAGUUUUAUACCUGACAUUCAGAAUAAAUUGGAUAAUUUUCUGAAUCCAACUUACAAAAAUAAGUUGUUGCAACUUUUAGCUUACGAACAAUACAAAACUAUUUACCUAUAAACCUAAUUUAAGGCUACAUGAUGUUUCCGUGUUUAACACAAAGACUAAUUAAUUGCGAUGUAAAUUGGAUACAAUUUUGUUGUUUUAAAUAAAUGACUUACCGUAAGCAGAAUCU